AUGUAGAAGCGCAUGUGUAAGAAACGCUCUACCUGUUUGUGUUUAUACGCGGUUAGUGGACAUUAGAUUGAGUGUGUUGCUUACCGUUGUUUAUCUUAUCAACUUGUCGCAGGUGAUUUAUUUGGGUUUUGGGACCCCCCCAGGCUAGCAACACAAACGCUCAGACUGAAAGCAAGAUGUCUUCCUCCGUAGGGGGCAGUAUAUUAAGAUGCACUUGUCUUGCUUUCGUUUUUCUCUCACUGUGUCUGGUGCCCCGAGCUCUAGCGGCGAGUGCAGGGACUAACCGUCAUAUCAAGGAGAUUUUUAUUGGACAAUGCUGGUACUACACGGAGUAUAUCAGUCAAAGUUUAGGCGAGAACGUUCAGCAGAACUGCACAGAUCUUUGGGAGAAAUUUUCCCGUGCUUGGAUGUACAAAGACCCGUGUAACGUCACAAUGGCGGACUACGAACCGUUUGUUAAAGCAGCCACUGUUCCUGGGGAGGUCCCUACAAAUAAGGCGGUAUUUUGGGAGGCGGCAUACACCCUAACACACGACUAUAGCGGCAGCCGGCGUCGAUACGUGGCCUCUGCUGACAUCCUGACUGGCUACCUGGGUAAUCACGUGUUCGCCUGGUGUGGUCAGGAGGCGGAGCCAGGCAUCAACUUUGACAGCUGUCCGCUGGAAGAGGACUGUCCCAUGUUUCAGGGCCAAUAUGGCGGAAUGUACUGGACAGCCGUGUCGAAAGCGUUUGCAGAGGUAAGCACUGGGGUAAUUCAAAUGAUCCUCAAUGGAACAACUGCAGGAACCAAUGUGGCCUUCAACGAAACAAGCUAUUUCAACCUUUUUGAACUUCCAAACUUUCCGAAGGCGAAAGUCACGCGAUUUCAGCUCAUGGUAUUCCAUGAUGUUGGGAAAACGCACAAGGAAACGUGUAACAAUGGAAGCAUUCCUCUCCUUAAAAAACGUUUAGAAGAACUUGGUUUCGAAUAUGACUGCACCGAUGACCCAAGCGCACUGAGGCACAUUUUGUGUUUGGAUGACAUCGAAUCAACAGAAUGUCAGUUCGCCUCCAAGGUACUUCGGCCAACGUCCGCUUCAAAUACCAUAGGGACAGGCUUCAAGACCUUGGUGUUUGGAGGCAUAUUAGUCCUGUUUUAUUUAAUAGCCAUUUACUGAAUUGAGCUGAGCUGACAUGCGGUUAUGUAUAACAGUAUACACGUCAUUCAAAACCAAACACGAUUUCAUAUUUACAUUGCAUACCCAAACUAUGGUACCAUUCCCAGGCACUAUCGUAUUAACUGUGGAUCAGUCUAUCUCUUAGGGGAUUCUCGCUAAAUUGCAAUCAACUUAAGCGGCUUAGAUGUCUGUCACGCCUACUGAAGCUGC